UGUGUGUGUCUGGGAGUGUGUCCGUCGUUCCCAUACAUAUAUAUAUAUACAUAUAUAUAUAUGUAUAUAUAUAUAUAAUAGACAAUUUAAUAAGAAGGGAAAAUGGCAUUUUCGCCCCAAGGCGGUCGUCCCCGACCGCGAUCAAACCCAGCCGUCGUCUCUACCUCACCUGCCGCUCUGACUGUCCGUGCAUUAACUCUAGACAUUUAUCCCUAUUUUUCUCAUAUUCAUAAUUAUAAGACAUUAAUUACGAUGCAUCUGGGCUAACAUCAUUUUAUUAUCUGUAGGUCUGUCUGUUUUUUUUAUGUGUAUAUAUAUAUGAUAUAUAUAUAUAUACAUAGUUAUAUAUAUGUGUGUGUAUAUGUAUCUAUGUAUGUGAAUCUAUAAAUGUUUUUCUACCUUGAAAAGGGGUCUGUGCUCGCGCGACUCCGGCCCCUCCGUCACCCGCAACCCAUUCAGAACCCUCUCUCUCACCUUUCCUUCUUCUACACCUUCGCAAAACAACCGAAACACCAGGAUUGAACUUCAUGCAUGCUUACACAAAAUGUGAUGCGAAAUUGUACAAAAAAUCUACCGUAGUCGGCCAACACAAGAAGAAGAAGAAGAAAAAGAAGAGGAGGAGGAGGAAAAAAAAAGACAGAAAGAACAAAACAUAACACGACAUAAGCCCUUUCCCUCCCCCGCCCCGCCCCCCCGAAACCCAAACCCCCUAAAGUAAAAACCUUGACCAGAAAAAAAAAAACGCCAAACCAAACCAAACACACAACACACACAUACACAGGGUCACACAAACACGCAAACUCCGACGGACCCGCAAUUUUUUGUAAAGCUGGGGGGUAGACACCAACAGAAACAGAAGCAACAACAACAACAAACAAUAAACAUUUAUUAUUCACUACAAAAACAUGGCCAUGAUGGACGACUAUGUUUUUUUGAUCUCGCAUAUCCGGAACUCUUUUAUCACCAGCGACAAUACCGGAAUGUACGAGAUGAUUAUCGAAGGCGAAGAACAGGAGAAGGCGCAAGAAAAACGCCCCUUGUGGUGGAAUGCCGAGGGCGACGGCGGCGGCGGCGGUGGCGGUGGUGGCGGUGAAAGCAGCGGCGGGGGUCGCGGGACCCCUUCGUCGUCGUCGACGACGACAACGACAACGACGUCGACGACGACGCCGACAGCAGCAACAGCAGCAACAACAACAACAACAACAGCGCGAUACAUCCAUUCGAACCACGAUGGCGGUGUUGACGGUUGUCUGUUUGAUCUAGACGACGGCGGCGAUUUGUGUCGUUCGUAUGACAUAAUGCCAGAUAUGGAUUACGGAGCUCAUCGACGCAGAUCGAACACUGCCCAACGAUUGGAAAGGAUGAAGAAAGAGAAACGAAAGCAGGUGAAAGUGACGCACAUAUCGUGGCGGACGACUCCGGGCCAUUUCAAUCCUGACGACGAUCACGAUGACAUGUUUGAGAAAAAACCAAUUCCUUUGCCGACGAAAACCAGUCUCCACAAGGCUGCAUCUUCUCUGCUUGCUCAGCAAUUGCAAACCUCUACAGGAAUCAUGUCCAACCCUUUUCUAGAUUAUGCUAAAUACGAUGGUAAAGCUCAGAUUGUGGUACCCACCAAGAAAAUAGACAUUUUUCUUACUAUGGCCUUGCCUAAAGACCGCGGUUUUCCUAUGCAUGUGGUAGUUGUUGUUAACGCCAAAGUUCAUGAAUUAAUCGGUUUGAUAUGUUGGCAGUAUACCAACGAGGGACGAGAACCUGCUCUCAAGGAUAACGCCUCCAUGUACAGCCUGCAUAUCGCAGAAGACGAUGGAGAGGUCGACAUGGACUUUCCAAGUUUGGACAACCGGGAACCCGUAUCGAAAUUCGGCUUCAGUAAGCUUGCCUUAGUGGAACUCGAAGAACCAUCACCCCCAAUGAAGAAUUCCGUUAUCAUUACAGUGAACGUACCGAAUCGGGGCUUCCACAAGUUCCAGGAGGAGGAUUUGACGAAACCUCUGCGAGACAUUCUCACCAAAGUGUUGAAGAAGAGGAAAAUCAAACUGUUGCCAGGAAUGAACUAUAUUCUUGAGAAACAGAAGGAAGCGGGUGUUUCUGUCGACUUAGACACACUUCUUUCAAAUCUGGACAAUUUCGAUUUCUGUCUUGUCCGCGAACAUAGCACUCGGGGCGAGAUAGAAGAAAUCGACUUCCAGGACUCAAACGACAUGGCGACCACCUUCAUGAGUCCUCAAUACAAAAGCUACAUUGUGAACUUGGUGCAGCGGCUUCGCAUCAACACCGAGGUACACUUAGGGGUAAGCGGUGAAAAGGUCGAGAUCGACCCAGUAGCCAGUAAGGGUACUGCGUUGUUUUUUCGUCAGAAGGCUGUGACUUAUGAGGCAGACAUGAUCGCUGCCUGCGACCUGCUCGAAGAGAAAUCAAACGGUAAAAGUAUAUUCCGUUUGAUCUGUUUUGCUGGUCAUGACUACAGACAUUACGAUUUUGAGGCAGACCACGCUGUAGCAAAAGAGAUAAUUCAGAAAGUGAAUAACAUUUUAAAUCUUCUACUUAGCCAAGUCCGAAAAACAUAUUUGGCGUCUCGAGGGAAGAAACUUAAAAAAAUGCAUUCCAAAUAAUAAAUAAUUAAAAAAAAAGAAUAAUAAUAAUAUAUAUAUAUAUAAAAUCACAAAACAAAACUUGUAAACAAAACAGAAAAGAGUAAAAAAAAAAAAAAAGUCCCUUCUUCCUUAUCUUUGUGCAAAAACAAAUGUCCCUUCCCCUGUCCCCCACCCCCCAACUCCUGGUAAACAAACAAAAGUAAAAAAAAAAAAGUUGAAAAAAAAAAACAAAAGAAAACUGCAAAUCAUUAAAAAA